AUGUACAAAAACCUUGGGUUAAACUGGGCAAGCACAUUGCUUGCCUUUGUAUCGCUAGUGCUGUCACUAGUUCCGACACUGAUGUUUGUCUGGGGAAAGGAGUUUAGCAAGCACUUUGUGGAGGAGACGAAGAUAUUCCAAGUUGGUGACGGUCAGAAUGCAGCUUCAACUCAUGGCCCACUCACCAACGGCGUGGUCAAGACGCAGGAGCACAUCAGCGAUGCCGUCAGCAAGAACGCUUCUGUGCCUCUGGGUGACAACCCAUUGCCUUCAUUUGGAAAGAACUUCCACGAACUCACAAUCCUGGGCAAUGUGGACGGUUUGAUGAAGAUCGCCUACGAAGAGACCUUUGGCCCCGUUGCAGCACUUGCCAAGUUCUCGACUGAGGACGAGGUCGCACGCCGUGCAAACAGUUGCGAGGUUGGUCUCGCAUCCUACCUUAUGACAAGCGACCAGGAUUCUGCUGCAACAUUUAGCGGUGUCAAGCACUCCGGCAUGGGCCGUAAGGGCAGCAAGUAUGGAAUUGACGACUAUGUGAACAUCAAGAUGAUCGUGACCGGUGAUAUUAACACUGUGUACACAUCUAACUUGUAG